CGGGGACAGAGAAGGAAAGACCUGCCCUCCCGCUCCCGCGCGGGGCACAGGUCUGGGAGGCUGGCGGGCGUAUACACAACAGCGCCUGCGCACCAAGGCGCGAGACAAAAGGGUGACGAACUUUCGUCACCGAGCUUCGCCCAGCGGGCGGUGCCCGAAAUGCAGCAACCGCGGCUGGCACGGGGACGCGAUUUCGAUCCGGGGAGUCAAGGACACCGCGCGCCGGAGCCCAGCUUUCGCGCCUUACGAGAGGCAAGCGCGCGGCCGCCACAGGGUCAGCCGCCCGCGGGGCCCGGACGCGAGCGCGCGGGCAGGCGCGUUGGCGUUUGUGUGCACGCGCCCUCAGACGCGGGAGCGCGCGCGGCGCCUGGGAAGGUGAAGAAGGAAGCAGAGGGGAAGGGGUGGGGUUGAACCGGGCCUCGCGCAUGCGCGCUCCGCGCACACCAUUUGGCGGGUUUUCCUUGAUUGCUCGGUUUUGCUCCAGUCCUCGAGAUGCUCCGCCGUAGCUUUUAGGAAGCAGGACGUUCUCUCCAGAAGAGCGAGUUAACGAGAUUUCUGCUUCCUCCCUUCGGGUGUUUGGGGCUUCUCCCAAUUAAAAUAAGGCGCUCCUCCGUGACUGACGCCUGGGACCUUCUGACCGCCUGAGGGCUCGGGCUGUUUGGCCCCCUUCCGCCUCGGUCUCCCGAAGGGUGAAAGGAUCAGGGGAAGCUCGUCCUGCCCCUCGAUCUCCACGCCGCGGGUUCCUUAGACUCCGGUCCGAGCUCGGUGGGCCGGACCCCCGGCCGCCCCCUGGGUCACCAUGAGCGUGUCGGCCCAGCGCCUGGUGGAGGAGUUGCAGAUCUUUGACGUGGAUUGCGAUGAGGCUCUGGCUGAGAAAUGGGAAGGCUGCAAGCAAUGAACUGAGUUCUUACUCAUCCAGUUUUCCUUCCUACAGUGGUAGAGCUGUGCAUUCUGUAUGGACAGAAUGAAGAGAAAAUGGCCACUGAGCUUAUAGCCUUCUGCACCAGCAUAGGUAACGUUCGCCUGACCUCAGAGAUCCUGAGCUCUUUUGAGCAUGAGUGUCUGAGCAAAAGAUUGCCCAAAGCCUCGCACAGAGCCUCCGGGGAUGGUGGGCACGCAGGAGCUAGAGACAUUGUUUCCAUACAAGAACUAAUUGAAGUGGAGGAAGAAGAAGAGACCCUCUUGAACUCUUACACCACACCCUCUAAGGGUUCUCAGAAGCGAGCUAUCACCACCCCAGAAACCCCCCUAACCAAAAGAACUGUGUCUACUCGGAGCCCCCAUCAGCUUCUCUCGCCGUCGAGUUUCUCUCCAAGUGCUGCUCCCUCUCAGAAGUACAACGCGAGAAGUAACCGUGGAGAAGUGGUUACCUCCUUUGGCUCAGCACAGGGAGGGUCUUGGUCUGGAAGAGGAGGGGCUGGCAAUAUCAGCCUGAAGGUCUUGGGGUGUCCAGAGGCACUAACCGGGAGCUACAAAUCAAUGUUUCAGAAGCUUCCAGAUAUUCGAGAAGUUCUGACCUGCAAGAUAGAAGAACUCGGCAGCGAACUUAAGGAACAUUACCAGAUUGAGGCUUUUACUUCCGUUCUGGUCCCAGCUCAAGAGCCUGUCACUCUGCUGGGCCAGAUUGGCUGUGAUACCAACGGGAAGCUGAACAGCAAAUCCGUGAUUCUUGAGGGAGACCGGGAACAUUCCUCAGGGGCUCAAAUUCCAGUGGAUUUAUCUGAGCUCAAAGAAUACUCUCUGUUUCCUGGACAGGUUGUCAUUCUGGAAGGAAUCAACACCACGGGUGGAAAACUUAUUGCCACCAAACUCUACGAGGGUGUGCCGCUUCCAUUUUAUCAGCCCCCCAAAGAGGAUGAAGAUUUUGAGCAAAACAUGGUCCUGGUGGCCUGCGGGCCAUACACGACCUCCGACAGCAUCACGUAUGACCCCCUGCUCGAUCUAAUUGCCAUCAUCAACCGCGACCGGCCAGAUGUCUGCAUCCUGUUGGGACCUUUCCUGGAUGCUAAGCAUGAGCAGGUUGAGAACUGUCUGCUGACAAGUCCAUUUGAAGAUGUCUUCAAGCAGUGUCUACGGACAAUUAUUGAAGGGACACGAAGCUCUGGCUCCCACCUCGUCUUUGUCCCAUCGCUGAGGGAUGUGCACCACGAGUCCGUGUACCCACAGCCACCCUUCAGCUACUCCGAUCCACCUCGAGAAGACAUCAAGCGAGUGCAGUUCGUGUCUGAGCCCUGCAGCCUCUCCGUGAACGGAGUGGUCUUCGGCCUGACGUCCACGGAUCUGCUGUUCCACAUGGGAGCCGAGGAGAUCAGUAGUUCUUCCGGAACUUCAGACAGACUCAGCCGAAUCCUCAAGCACAUCCUGACCCAGAGGAGCUACUACCCGCUCUACCCUCCCCAGGAAGACAUGGCCAUUGACUAUGAGAAUUUCUACACCUACGCCCAGCUGCCUGUCACCCCAGACGUCUUCAUUAUCCCAUCAGAGCUGAAAUACUUCGUGAAGGACGUCCUCGGCUGUGUCUGUGUGAACCCCGGGCGCCUCACCAAAGGGCAGGUGGGGGGCACCUUCGGCCGACUCCUCCUCAGGAGGCAGCGGGCUGAGGACGGGGAGGGGAGGCGGAGUCCGUGUGCGGCCGCCCAGGUGGUCAGGAUCUGAGGCCCCGGUGCUCCAUCAUCCCCCGUCAUGCGGCCUCGAGGACACGUGAGCCCAGGAGCGGCCGUCCCACAAGAGCCCAGGCGUGGAAAGGUAGAGGAAGCAGGCAGCGAGCUGGAGAAGAGGCUGCGGGGUCCAGGCCUGGCGGGCAAGGCCUCGUGCAGCUGGACCCUGACUCUGAGUUGAACUUCUUGGGAGGAAAGCUGCUGUUUCUUCAAGUACGCGCAGAGUCUAGAGAGAACCGGCCGUGGACGCGGCGUGCUCCGAAAACGCAAGAAGGCUUUUUGAUUUUUCUACUUGAUAUCAGACACGGAAACAACUUUUGGAGAAGUAAAAGUAAAUUCUGAGAAGAA